AGUGAAGUAGACAUCAGAUUAUUCAUGUGCUCCACGUGCGGACAUUUUGCGGAGCUUGGCGCAGAGCAGUACGGGACGUCUGUGUGAUAGAGAUUCGUGAGAAGGGUUCAGUUUUCUUGUCACAUGGUUUGUCUAGAUGUGCGCGAGCAAUUUUGCCCUGAAGAUUAAAUGCUUGCCUGCUGUUUAGGGGGCAACGAUGUUUCAGGUGGAGCGCUGGCUGGGAGGAGAAAGUCGGAAGCGUGGAUCUCCAUUACUAUUAGAUCGUUUGAAUGCCAGAGCUCGGGAGCGGGCUGCUCUGCUUCCGCUUAGAGAGAAAGCGGAAGGUUCUUCUCCAGGUAACAGGGAGAACGUCUCGAACAAGAAUUCUGAUCCUGCACUGAGUAGAGAUGAAAGCAAGGAGGGAGCCUCAGAGGUUGUGGUUGAGGAAGAAUCUAAUGCAGUGAGCGAAAUUGAACCUCAUACUGGGCGAAAAAAGCGAUAGCAACAUCAGAAACACAAGGCAGAAUUGGCAACCUUGAUUGACCAGGAAGCUCCUGAUUCUGCUAUAAAGGUCAAAAAGCUCAAGAAGCUGAAAGUCUCGGAUACGACUGAAGAACAUGUGUUUGCUCUGGAAGCUCCUGCUUCUCCUGGAACGGAAGAACAGGAAAGGAAGGUGAACGAUACUUUAACAAGUGAAGAUAAUAUAGAGCGAGCGGAAGAGAAUUCUGCAGCCGACAUCGACAGAAGUGUCCCGGAGCUGGUUGAAUUUCAAGUGUCCAAAUUGGAGAAGAAACGAAAGAAAGAAAAGAAGUUGAAGAUACGAAGAGGGGGCAAUCUGGAACCAGGUGAUGAACUCGUUAACGCAAGAGGCGUAUCUGGAGAAAUGGUGGCCCUUGGAAACAGAUCAAUGAAGAGGAGCCUAACAGUAAGUCCCUAGGGGUUCCGGAUGAGGAGGAGGAGCAUGUAAUUACAGAGAACACUGACGAGUUGAACGCACUCGGAGCGGACGAUACUUCUCGGAAUGAACCUGAAUUUCCACAAUUGAGAGGGAUGUGGAUAGAAUCAUGGGUCGUGAUGUUAUUUUGGUUCCAGCAGAGUCGCAAGACCACGGGCCGGUGUUGCCAUGGAUGCUUGAUAUUGAUACCUACAAGGCCACCUCCCUGAGACAAGUGCCUGGCUUGGACACCAGACUUCAAGAUGCUUUCGAAGGCAGGAAUACAGUCGUUGUUUCCAGUACAGAUGGCCGUGUGGCACGAGACUGUGGGCCCUGGUUUAAGCGAGCGAGACGUCUGUGUCAGCUCGCCAACAGGCAAUGGCAAAACACUAUCUUACGCAUUCCCCAUCGUCCAAAAGUUAUCGUCUCGGGUGAUUCGUCUUCUUCGAGUUCUCGUAGUGCUCCCGACCAGGGAUCUAGCUGCGCAGGUUAAAGCAGUCUUUGACACCAUCGCACCAGCAGUUGGUCUCUCAGUGGGACUAGCUGUGGGACAAACGUCAAUUGUAGCUGAAGCGGCUGAAUUGGUUCAGAUUCGUAAGUCGAUGGUCCACAGUUUUCGAAAAUUUGAGGCUGCAACUCCCGACCUUGCCGAAAACCAGGAUGACAUACUUGUUGCAACUCCAGGGCGCUUGAUGGACCAUAUUCGAAAUACGAAAGGGUUCACUCUUCAGCACCUACAAUUUCUCGUGAGUUUUUUCCGUGGUGGAAGAGGAAAUAGAGGCACUGCACUCCCACGAUUGAUGAAGAUGGUGUUAUCGGCUACCUUGACGAGAGAUCCAGCAAAAAUUGCACAACUUGGUCUUCUCUGCCCCAUAUAUGUCGCUGCUGGCAACCGGUAUCAACUACCAGCACAACUUAAGUCUUACAGGAUGGUCUGCAAACCGGGAGAGAAGCCCUUAUAUUUGGUAGCACUCUUACAACAGCUUUGCAGCCAAACAACCAUUGUUUUCACUGCUUCUGUAGUGGCUACUCAUCGACUAUAUACUCUGCUAAAAUGCUACUAAGGAUUGUCAAGGUGGUUGAGUACUCAAGCUUGCAGCAUCAACAACCCCGCAGUUUUGUCCAAGACGUGUGUGCUCUUGAUGGGGUUUGUAGACCAAAUAACUAAUAAUAAAGCGUUGGCAAAAUUCCGGAAUGGCCAGGCACAAGUGCUCAUUGCCUCAGAUGCGAUGACAAGGGUAUGGAUGUGGAAGGUGUUGCAAACGUUGUCAAUUAUGAUAUGCCUGUGUACGCAAAGACCUACGUCCAUCGUGUUGGGCGCACUGCUCGAGCCGGACAGCCCGGGAGCUCUUAUACUCUUCUUCGGAAGGAGGAGGUACGACACUUCAAACAGAUGUUGAAGAAAGUCGACAAUAGCAAGUGCCAGGAUUAUUCACUGCCGUCAUCUGUCACCGAGGAGCUUUAUGAGUCUUACACUGAAGCUCUGCAGAAACUGAAGCAGAUAACAGCAGACGAGGCAGCGUGAAUUUCACAUGUCAGUCGGACGCAGACAGAAGGGGAAAGUAAAGUUACUGGGCCGGACGAGCUUUUCAUAAGACCACGAGAUAUCACUCAGCGUUUGGAGUACGAUGAUCUACUUAUCCCUAGGUUCUGACCAAUUGAAGAAACACUGUGUGAACAAUACAAAGAGCUGGUUGCUGAUCGGAUUCAUAUCAGUACUUUCAUUGUGCAAUCCUAGUCCAGGAUUAUAAUAAUACGGUUUCGUUUCCACUUGAAUUCACCCGUGAGUCGAGUUGCUGGGUUCCUGAGGAAGGUUCCCCUUCAUGUUUUCUAGUUCGCAGCUUAGGCCCGAACGACCGCAUGUAGGAGAAAAUUGCCACACCCACUUUGGUUGGCGGCGUCUGUUUGUGAUGUCAGCUGCGCCAUAUUUCUUCAGUAAAGUUUACAUUGAUUGUGAAGAUUAUCUCC